AUGUCGUUUCAAGAGUCUGAGGAAGAAUACAUGUCAGAUGUCGUCUAUUCACCAAAUAACAUCGUAUCGAUCACCACAUCCUCCAAUUUUACUACUGUCCCCGAAUUCUUUUUAAGGCUCGAAGUAGAUCUCGACACGAAAGUUUUAUUAAAGCCAUAUAAAACACAUUCUCAUUACACCUCUUUAUUUGCGACAUCAAGCCCGCCAGUAGACGCUCAACAAAAAGGAGAACCAAUAAUAUAUUAUGAUCCAAAACUCUCUUCUGAGGCGUUAGAGGAAACGAAUAUUUCGGUGGCAAGAAAUCUGGAGCAUGAUUGCGAAGUCGAAAAGAACCCCGAAAACAAUCAAAGUCUUGGCAUAGCGAAGAUCACAUACUUCGGGGAAACCGAAGGCACCGCCUUAAAUGCUGCAAGAGAAGCCGUCGUUCGGUUUAAUGGCAAGCAGAUUUCUGACGGCUCACCUGUUAAAGUCGAAUUGGACAGCAACGGUUCAAAAUUAAGAAUGGCAAUAGAAAAAAUACUUUCUGAAUCCCGGUUGCAACGAGAACAAACCGAAAAACACUCACCAAUUAACCAUAAUAAGCACACAACCCCACUACCUAAUGAAAUUGACAUGGAAAUUGACGAAAUACCGUCACCAUCACCACAAACGGCGCCGCCUACCACAGCGCUGUUAGACCCGCCACAAUCACGUUCAUCAGAUGGCGUUAAGAACAAAUUCUCCACGCCCUCCGUCUCCUCAACGAAAGCAACGAAAGAAGCCGUUAAGGUCAAGCGUGAUAGUCCGGAGAAGCAAGAGCAGAAUCCUGAAAUACCACCCGCUGACGAUGAUAUAGAGGACGGUGAAAUUGAUCCAAAUUCCGAAGAAUCGGUUUCGCGAGUAUCAAUGUCAGGUCGCGAUCAACCUGGCGAGAUCAUGAACCUUCGCAAUAUGAGAAUGAUCGAUAUAUCUCAGAGCGUAGAAGGAGAAAUUCGUCCAGAGACCGAUCGAGCAAAAGUAAAUAUUCAAUUGUCGAGAGGAGUCGAAGUCGUGAUAGAAGUCCAACUAGUUAUCGUAGCCGACAUCAUGAGCCCAGUCGUAAUAGAGACCGCGGUUACGAAAGCAGUCGUAAACAUGACCGUGGCACAACCCAUUCCCGUAGCACAACCCAUUCCCGUAGUCGUGAACAAAGAAAUAAAGAAAACACUCAAUAAUAAAGACAGUGGUUUUUAUCAGGUCACAAGCAACGACAUGAUUAAAUUCGAGGAAGAGGAAGAACAUAAAAUAGGGAUCAGUUUUUCCGAGGCGUUCACUUCAUUGUCAGAUAUUCCGAGCGCCCGAAAAUUCUCCGACCUCAACAAACCCAAGGAGACCAAGAAAUCCGAAAAAUCCACAAAGAGUCACAAGACACCUGGUAUUAAAGAAGAGAAAAAGGAUGGUAAGGAAAAGAAUGGUUCCACCCGUCAGAGACAAUUUGAUUCAAAAAGAUCAUCCAGAUUUGGUGGUAAAUAUUCUUCGGGUGACGACCUAUAUGGUCACCUUUCAACGGCCAACGAUUCAACAGAUUCAGAUGACGAUUUCUAUGAUACGGCUCGUCGGAAAAAUACUAGAACGAAUUCUAAGCCCGCUAAACCAAUUAUAAGACCGAAUAUUAGUGACUGGGAUUAUUCAUCCUCGUCCGAAUCUGAAAAAAAUGCUAAACAAUCGUUAAAAUCUGAUGCAUCCGGAAAAGAAAAAUCUGCAAGUGAUGAGGAGGUGGAAGACAAUAAACCAUCUGCUCAAACACUUUCGAUUUCAGAUAAACUUCAGUCCAAGAAACAAAUACAAAGAUCCAACGCCUCGAGUGCAUCCGAGGCCGGCAAGAAGACAUACAAAUCUAGUAAAUCCAAUGCUUCGAGUGCAUCAGAAGCUAGUAAAAAAGCAUCUUCUGCCGGAGCUGGUUCUGUUACGAAGCCCCGUGAAUUGAAAAAUCGAGUUAUUGUUGCUAGUAGUAAAGCCAAGGGAAGUCGAAAGUCAAAGGUUGGUUCAUCGAGCGCAAUGUCACAGAGAAUGGAAGCCAAAACCUCCGCAAAAAAACAAUCUCGAUAUUUCGACAACUUGUCGGAUAGUAGCGACAACACAAAGCGAACCAGCGGAUCUAAUUCAUCAAAUAAUGAAAGCGAGAAGAAACAACUUAAUACAAAUGGUAAGCCGUCGACAAGUGAAAACAGGCACUCUCCCAAAGUUAACCUAAAUCCUGCCAAAGAUCGUCGUUCGUCGCCGGGACCACAUAAAACAGGAUGUGCAAGAACCGAAGGAUACUAUAAGAUACCGCCCGAAGAGAAGCGGAAAUAUGUGGCAUACGGAAUAGCAGGUACACCGUAUGCAACGGCCGCAGCACCAGCGCCCAGUCCCAGGGAAUCAAGGGCCAAACGACGGGAACUCCAAGCACGAAUGGCGGAUGAUUAUUACGGGUUUAGCCCGUUGAAGUCAAGAGAGCGAGAACUUACAAUAGCAAAAUCAUCAAUCCAUCAUUAUGGACUUUUUACAUUAGAAAAAAUUAAAUCUGGUGAAUUCAUAAUCGAAUACACGGGAGAACUGGUUAGGCAAUCCGUUGCGGAUCUUCGAGAGCGAAAAUAUAAGGCAGCAGGAAUUGAAGGCAGCUACAUGUUUCGAGUGGGAGAUGAUACCAUAAUCGACGCUACUCGAAUGGGGAAUAAUGCAAGAUUGAUAAAUCAUUCUUGUGAGCCAAAUUGCAAUGCUAAGAUUCUUAACGUCAAAGGGGCCAAGAAGAUAGCUAUAUAUGCAAAAAGGGACAUUCAAAAAAAUGAAGAAAUUACCUAUGAUUAUAAG